AACUCUACCUUGUAUCGAUUGAACGUAUCUUCAUACAAGAACCAUGUAUGUAUCCCAUUUCCUUGGCUUUCUAUUGUCACUAAAUCAACCAGGAAUCGCAAUCUUGCAUUCCGAUCGCGCAAAGAGCCUCCUGCCAGCCGGCACAGGUUCAUCUCGACCUUCCGCGGGAUCCAAGCACCAGAACUGAGUCGCAAGAUGACCAAGCUGAUCAAAAGCGAGAACUCCGCCAUCGGCGCCCACGAAGCCGCUGGCCGUGAGCGCACCGCAAUCGCUGCCCAGCUCUCCGAAUGGGGAGAGGCGACUGAGGACGACAAUAUCUCCGACAUCUCCGACAAGCUCGGCGUUAUGCUCGCCGAGAUGGGUGAACAAGAGGACGUCUUUGCGCAGAAUCUCGAGGACUACCGCGGUAUCCUAAAGCAGAUUCGCAACAUGGAGGCCUCGGUCCAGCCGUCGCGGGACCAGCGUCAGAAGAUCACUGAUGAGAUUGCCAAGCUCAAGUACAAGGACCCUUCGAGUACACGUCUGGUUACACUCGAGCAUGAGCUCGUCCGGGCAGAGGCUCAGAACUUGGUUGCCGAGGCGCAACUGUCUAAUAUCACGCGGCAAAAGCUCAAGGAGGCCUAUGAUAUUCACCUGGCGGCUGUCAUUGAGCGCGCCGAAAAGCAGACUAUCCUGGCUCGCCACGCUCGUCGCCUGCUCAACUAUAUUGACGAUAGUCCUGUUGUCCCUGGCGACGCACGCCAGGCAUAUGACCAUGAGCCCAUGGCACGCCAGAUCCUUGAGGACGCCGAGAAUGAUCUCCGUGGAUGGGAACCCAGUGUCGAGCCCAUUACCUCGGCCGCAGCCCAGGAGUCUCAGUCCCAAGUCAAUGGAUUCGACGAUAGCAGACGCGCAAGCAAUGUUGAUCCUCUCAAUGAUGUAUCGGAGCAGGAGUCGGAUGUUGUCGACGAUACCUCGGUGAUUGAAGGCACUGGUAUCACUGAACCAGUGGGGAGCGGUGCACCGCCCGCAAAGAUGUUGGUUGAGCCUGCGUAA